UCGAUUAUAAUAAUAAUGAACACUGCUGGUGCUUGGCAAGGUGGUCUUCCUGAUAUAAAUGGGAACUUCUGGUUUUUGUUUCAGUUUACAAAGAGACUCGUUCCAAUUUUUCUCAUGGUUCAACUUUGAGUAAUAUAUAUCUAGCAGAGUGGGAAGCCGAGCUCGAUACUCCGUAACCUGUCAGUGGUCUUUACUAACCCAACAACAAGACCAACACCUCGCAAGUUAUUUAAGUUUACAAGUAAUUAAACAGGUAAUCCAUCAAUUCGGGUGGGUUGAUGCUGCUGUAGAAGGCUCCUGAUCCAAGGAAUUGGAGCUACCCAUCCCCUUCCUCGAGUCCAAGUAAAGGAAUAUUUCCAUAAAGAAAACAAGAGGUGAAUAGUCAUAUUAUCACCAUGGAGAAUAUUCAUAACUUGAAGGAUUGUGGUUGGGUUACAGAAGAGCCAAUAAAGUUGAGAGAAUACUUCAAUGAAUACCAUGUAUUAUUGGAUAAUGUUUUCUACCAUCCUCACGAAGAAAAGAUACACCCUUAUACUGCUAUCCGAAAUUUUUUCCCUCCAAUGAACUCAGAAGAAGAUAAUAAGGAAGACUCGUUUAAUGUACAAAAACUAGAAGAGAAUUGUAGUAUUAAUAUGCUAACUGUUGAAGAUGAAUUGGCUGUACAAGAUGUACUUGAUGGCCCUGUCCGACAUUCUGGCCGCCUCACCAACUGGUAUGCUGGUUCUUUCCAAGAUGGAAUCAUCCCAGCAGGGGCAGCAGAUACACUGGCAACAUUACAGGCUCAAACAGAGGAGCUGUACCUACGUAACACAGUCAGAGAUUAUGCCCGCCUGCGCAAUAGAUUACUAAAAUACUUCUCCACUGUACGAAUGAUUAUACGUGAAGAUAACAGCCCAGAACCCACCCGAUGUGAUAAGGAUAACGCCAACAACGAGUGUAUGCGAGACAUCAUAUUAAAUGUCCGUGUCCAGAGGCCAUAUCACAAGAAGACACACAUGAAGAAAGCAUGCAAUCGAUUCCCCACUCACAGUCAAGAGCUAUUGCUGCUCGGCUCACAAAAACUGAGUGAUCUGCGAGAUGCCCUAAUCUGUAUAAAUGACCUCGGAAUCAAUCAAGAUUUAUCUCCAGAGCCACAGUUUUAUCAGAUGUCUCACCUACGCAACAACUCUGCGGAGUUUCCAUCAGGAUUUUUCUAUAUCAAUGGAGUUUUUUAUGAUGAUAUAAGGGAUCCUAAUGCAAAAAUUUAUAGUGAAGGAAUAAGGAAGUGGGCAAAGAAGAGCCCUGAAAUUGGUGAAUUGCAGUCCAAAAAUAUGCAUGAAACUAUUUUCUUGGAUCUGGAGCUGCGUUUAGGAUAUCCUUAUGUAUUUUUACAUCAGGGAAACUGUGAGCACAUCAUCAUCUUUACUGAUGUAAGGUUGCAUCAUCGACAUGAUGUUCAGGACCCUGCCAGAUACCCACUGCUGCGUGGCCAGGCCUCAAAACUCUCCGUUAAGUGCUUCAUAUGCUCCCUACACUUAGCAAACUGGAUAGUGAUGGAUGAGCCUCAGUUUCCAAUACCAAAUGCUCAUGUGUGUGAUCGAUGUCUCAAGAUAUUCUGCUACGACUCUCAUGGGAUGAAGACCAGUAACAUCAAAGUGUACCCAUUCAUUGAUGAAUUUAUGGUACAACAGAAGAAGAUAAUAGAUAAUGCAAAAUUUCUUAAAGGCCAGAUAUAAACAGAUGAUUACUUAAUUGUUACAUUCUUCAGAGGAGGAUGUGCCUUAAUGCUUCAUGAAGGACUCUUGAUACAAGGAGUUGGAGCUACCCUCUUGAACUGGAUUACCUCUUGCUCCACAAGCACUGUAAGACCUCUUUAGGGUUAGUGCUACUCAGUGAAUGUAAUAAUUUGUUGCUACUUGUAAAGAGCAAAUGUUCACACUUUUGUUAAUACAAUAUGUACAUUAUAGGGUAGAUAACAUUUGUGGAGUGUUCAUCUCUAAUGAUGUGAUGUAGUAUUAUAAUCAUAAGUAUAUACUGUACCUAUAGGGUAAUACAGUGUUUGGUAAAAAAACAUUCAGGAUUAAUAAAAAAAAAAAACUUCUAAUUUCUUGGAUCAAGAGCCCUAUGCCAGCAUCAAGGCACCAUUAGUGUGUUAAUCUUAGUUACUGGAGCUUAAUUUAUGUGAUGAAUCUACUAUCUUUGUCAUAAAGUCAUGAACCACACAUCAAAUGUGACGGAAAAUAUGGGUAGGGAAGGAAAAAAAUGUACUGUAUGCAAUAUGGUUUAUUUAUAAGCUACAUUAUAAAAUUAGUUAUUCUGAUGGCAAGUAAGAGAGAGCUUCAAACAAUCACAGUGUUCAUUCCAGUAUGCCAAGUGGAAGAGCCCUGGCAUGCUUUAAUAUAUAAAUAAUAUCUUUGUUAUGUGCUUCAGUGGCCCUUGUAGGUGUAGCACUUCUUUUGAUUAUAGUACGUGUUUCGGUACAACAGAAAUUAAUGCCGGCCUGGCAACAUGUAGUGGGACAUAAAAUUCCUAAGUCUACAGGUUACAUGCUCAGUGCCUUCUAGGUUUGUGCAGUAGAUGGAUGUCUCUCUGGUCUCCCUGCAUUAUGUGGUCUUGAAUGCUGAGUUCGUCAGACCUUUUUUGCUAUUGACAAAUUAAUAUGGGCAAGAAUAAGUUACUGACAACAGAGAAUUGCACAGGUCUUUGGAUUACAUAAAGAAAAUAAUAGAGGGGCAUUGUCAUAUGUGUGUUAAGUGAGGAAUUGGGUGCUUCGGUUCCAUGACAGCAGUGAUGACAUGAAAGCCUAGAUUAAGCCUAGACAAACUUUUUCAUAUAUGCUACCUGUAAUACUUUUAUUACAGUUAUUAUACAUGGAGACAUUUGUCUAGGCUUCUUUGGAGGUGCUCUUGGCAUGGGCUUGUCAACCACUGUCACAAAACUAAUACAACCAGUGCCUCACUGUACCACCCAACUAUGCCUUCUAUUCCCUCCAUUUGAUGGCCUGCCUUAUGUAAUCCAAUGAUGUGUAAUUGUGUAUUGUGUCAGCAACUUAGUCUUGCCUAUAUUAAUUUGUCUAUAACCAAACAAGUUUGACAAGCUUAAUACUACUCAAGACCACACUGUAUCACAGACAAUUAUACAUCCACUACACAACCCUAGAAGGCACUAAGCAUGCAGCCAGCAGCCUUAGGGAGUCCUGUGACAUCCCACGUAAGUGUUGCCAGGCCGGCAUUAAUUUUUGAUGUAUUAGCACACACAUGACAGGGUCAGGUAUUAAUAAACUGUACUGGGUGCCUCUACCCGACAUACUUUAGUGAUAAACACUGUACAGUGCAGACUACAAGUGAGAAUAGGUCACAGUUAAGAGGUAAUUUUGAUUACUAAAUAUAUUAAUAAAUCUUAUAUAUGUAUAUGCUGUAGUUUUAAUGCCUCUUUCUUCCAGGUAAGUACCUUGAAGAUGGUGAAAGGCUCUUGAUUCAAGUAACUGGGACUACACUUCCUUGGAUAAAACCUAAUUACCUCCCAUUUCCCAAAUACUGCAUGGUUCUCUAUGGGUUAAGCACUUUCCCCAUGAUUACAAUAAUUUUACUUCAGACCUAAACAUCACUGAACUACACCUUUGAUGCAAUUCAUAGUUGGUUGGAAGAUUAGAAAAUGUUUCAUUCCACAACAAAGUUUUCAAUCAAAAUUACUCAAAAAUUUUGUUGCAAAAUGAAAGUACAUCACAAAAUUACCAGAGAUAACAUCUCAAGGAUUUUAGUAAAUACUCCAUUCUUGGGGAGUGCUAAACCUGUAGGAGUCCUAUAGUGCCUGGGAAAGUGGGAGGCAAUCAGGUUCAAGGAAAGGAGGAUAGGCUCAAUUCCUUGGAUAAAGUCUUGCCCCAAAAUUUGGGCAUCUCUCUAGAUGAAUCAGUACACAAAUAUAUUCAUGUAUUUCCAAUUUUAUCUUUAGUAGAUAAAAAAUUUAUCUGAAUCUUGCUUAGUGUAAAUAUAAAAAAAUAAAAGUGUUAAGUCACACUGUAGUGUAGAACUUUAGUUAUGUACAAAUAUAAAAAAUAUCAUUAUUACAUUCUGGGUUGGGGGGUGUCACACACCUAUAUGGGUUAUACAGAGCUUAGGGAAACAGGAGAUAAUCAGUUUCAAUCCAAGUUUAGGACUGUCAGGUCGAACACCUUGGAUCAAGGGCCCCUCACUAGCAUCAAGAAACCUUGUUUAAUUCCUUCAAAGGAGAUACCUGGAUGCUAGUGAAGGGCUCUUGAUUUAGGGAAUUGGGCUUGUGCUUCCCUUGUAUCAAACCUAGUUGCCGAUGUGUUAAAAAAAUCUAAAACCUUUUCUACAAUUAUCUUUAAAACAACAGUCAAUAUUAUUAUAAUUGGGGGAUCAUACAGUGCACUGGGAAUGGAAGGCAAUCAGGAGAGAACAGGUUCACUUCCUUGUAUCAAGAUCCCCUACCCAGCAUCACAACAUAUCCCUUGAGGAAAAUUACUAAGAAGAUUUU